UUGUUUUUACAUCUACACAAUAAUUCCGAAAGAGUCGUUCUAUCCUUUCCUUCUCCAUCCAAUUAACUGUUACGUCUUCUCACCACCAGUUCCACAAUUCAUAUAAAAGGCCAACCGCGUAAACCGUUCGAAAGUUUUAUAGAAACACAAUAAAAGUUACAAGUUUCUUCAUUUUGCAUCAUUCUAAGGGGGCUGCGUGCGAGUCCAGGUGAUUGAAUUAUCGAUUCAAAAACCCUGCCUCUAGGAAGAUUGUUAACUUUUUCAUACCGUAAGGGUUGAGGGGUGAGAGGCAUUGUGCGGUCAUAUGAUCAGGAUUAUUGCGUAAACGGUUGAAGGUUGACUCUAAGCUAAGGGAAUACUUAUAGGUGAUGUCGUUUUUUCCAAGAAGGCAUGGCGAGUGAAACAGUUGCUACGAAACCGUACCUAUGCAAUAAAAUCAAUCAAGGGGUAAUAAAUACAAGCUGAUUUUUCUUUAUCUAUCGGAGAUUUCAUUAAUGCCAUAAGGAUCCAUAAUCCCCACUUUUUUCUUUUCAUAUGAAGAAGAUACCAAUUUCUGAACUGAAUGGUCGGAUAUGUUUUGUAUUUCAAUAUUCGUAAAGCACUGUUUAGUACUGGUGAAUGGUAAUGCAUAUAAUGAGCAGUAAGAUAACAAAUAAAAUUUCCGUGUGUAUUAGAAGAAUGAAACAAUCGCUUCAGGAACCUAUAUGCAACAAUUUGACAUUUUGUAUACAACCACUCAAUAAGAAAUUUUCUUCAAUUCGAGCUUUAAAGGCGGUCGAAUAGGACGUUCAUCCUAUUGCACGAAAUGAAUUUGAAAAUUUAUUUCAUCCUUUCACUUUCGUUGAUUUCAUUAUUGAAUUUUGCGAGAUCUAUGAAGGAGAGUUGGCUGUUGAGGAGAUAUAAACAGGUUUUUCCAGAAACGGUCUGGCACUUUGUACGCAGAGAUUGGAAAAAACAUCAUGAGGAUGUCCAUAGAGCACAAAUGCCCGAAUUGUAUAGACUCUUCAUCGAUGGAUGGAUACCAAAAAAAAAAUGGCAAAAAAAAAAUAGGGAUCAAUUGGGUGAGCUAUGGGGAUCGUUAACACGAAAGUUGAAUAACGAAAUGACGCAAAGACGCCGGAUGAUGGAGUAUCGAAGGUCACCAAGGAAAACCAAGAAAUCCGAAAAUAAUGCACAUUGAAUAAUUUUUUGCAUUAUCAUGUACCGAAUUGAAAGGAGAGAAACUUCUGAGGAAUAAAAUAAUUAUUGUAAUGUCAUUCUAAAUAAAUAUAUAUUGUUAAA